UGUACUUCUACGAGUUUUUGAGUUACUAGAGCGCAUGCCCAGCGCACGACACUUUAGGGAGAUGUCAUCAUCGCGAGCUUCUUAGCCGCAUCCGAGCCGACCCGGAUCUGUUGCUCAAGUACUCUCAGGGGUGUUGCAACCAAUGGUUGCAUCUGAUUCGGAUCUCAUCGCCAUACACGUGUGUGCCUAUGUGCAAUUCAUCUAUGCAGGUUCAAGCUCGGAGUAUCGACAGCAUGAUGGUCAGGCAGAACUGCAGAACUAUCCCCAUCCGUUGCCUUGCGUACUACUUCCAGGCUAUGAGCAUGCCGUACUCACCUUUGAGCAUAAAACCGAUGAAAAGUAUACCAGGCUACAUCACCCUCCCUCUUGAGCCACGCAUUAUAGUCGACGCAAUUCAUCAACAAGAUGCGCCCCACGAAAUAUUUACUCGGCUUUGUGAUGCAUCUAGCAUUCAAUUUAGUGUCAUCAACCAUGGACAAGCGGGGUUGCGUUGAUUUCUACGACCCGGCUGCCGGAGGCGGAUCGAUGCUCAUUGAUGCUGGCGGUGGAUACGGCGAACCUUUGAAUGUCAUCAUCUCUGGACUUAGCUCACCCGCAGUCCUCACAUAUGACGGAGCUAUCAAUUAUGCCCGUGCUAUUGGAUUUUCUGAAGAAUGUUUUGGCCUUCACUUAGGUGGUCUGAUGUCCGCUAACUUAGGAGACGGCGAUGGAUGGGUCAACCAAACGAUUGAAAUUCGCCAGGAUUAUGGAAGUGCAGGCGCCGGAACUUGUCUCGAGAGCCUCAUCGGCGGAAAUCAUUUUCGUAUUUUUGUACAGAACGGCACGGCGGCCGACAGUGGUGCUCUCUUUCUAGCGGCUUCUAAAGAGGAGCCUUUGACGGAGAAUCAUGAUAUCGUGCCAGACGGGUACGAUAUUGGCCGCAACAACCUGGUGACAGGAGCAGUUGGUCGGACAAGUUACGGUGGGGUCAAAUAUAGUACCAUUGCCCAGAACAUCACUGGUCUCCUCGCAGCUGGUUCUGAUGGCGUUAACCAUGGCAUCGCUCAAGAUGGUAUUGUUACGUUGCUGACCGUUACGAUCAUUUAGAUGUCCAUAUUUACUUGUCCUUUUCGAAUUUCCCUUUGUAGCUAUUCGUGUAAUCAUGAUUCAUUGCUCGUCUCAUUAUCGAGCAUUGACAAGUUAAGAUGCUAGAGUUAUGGUACAAGUGCUGUAUGAGGUGUGACACAAAUCAAUGAAGUAAAGCCAAACGCAAAGAAAACAAUCUUGGAAAGAACCGAAGACUGUUGAUCCAC